AUGCGUUCCCCAACGAGCCUCGAGGACCUCGCAGUGUACUUCUUCACCCUUCCUCAUCCUCGCUUUUCUCACGAUGGAGUCGAGAACCACUAUCACUUUUCCAUCUGCCCCGCUGCCUACGCUGACCCUGAAGACAACAUUGUGCAGGUCGUCAAAGUGGGCAACAAUUUCACACACAUUGGCGGGCCCAUGCAGCUGCGUGUGCUGCCAAUGAAGAAAAAAGUCGACACUGUGUUGCGUUUCCUCUUCAUGUCGUUUCUCAAUGGGCUUCCUACAAGGCUGAACUAUGAGAUUCAGCAGGCCGUCAGCGAGUUGAGUGGUUUUGCGAGAUUUUCAAAAGGCAUUUCGACUUCAAGUACUUUCACCGGUGGUUCUGGGUAUGUAGAUGGCGCAUCUCGCCUGAUUCGCCUGACUCUAGCUGAGGAUAGAAAAGUUGCGCCCUUCUCCUGGAGCACUGAUGACUCGGAAUUAGCGCAGGCAAUGUCUAAUCGUCUGCAAGAAUUUGCUGGGCUGAUGUAUGGGAAUCAUCCUCUUUUGAACAUUCGACUGGCCGAUGAUCGUGACAAUCGUGCUGCAAUGAUAACAUACAUUGCCUUUCAGCAUUCCCUGAUUAGAGGCAUCAAGAAACACACGACUGACGUGCUACGUGACACCAACGCGGUGACUUGGUCUCGUCAAGACUUUGAUUCUGUCCCUCCUACACCAGUUACUAUCGCAGGGCGUACUUUGGUAACGACUGUUAUUGAAGAAGAAGACGAGGAUGAUGAUGAUGAUGAUGAUGAUGAUGGGGCAAAGCUGCCUAACAAAGGGGUUUCAAAUGCUCAAGCAAAACUUUUCAAUCCAGAUCCUGACGGGGACUUUCCUGAUCCAUCGACAUAUUACAACACAAAGGCAUACAGAGUGCAGGGGGCUUGUAGUUUGGCUACCAGUAUCAAUCUGAUCCUACCUGAGGGGGAGGUUUCUCAAAGCGAAGCCGUGUCUAUAAUAGUGCCUCUGCGUCGCCUCAUCAUCACCAAUAACGACACCCUGCACAACCUCACUUUGUUGCUAGGACCCCGUUUUCAUAGCAGCGCGUUGUCCCAAUCGUUGUAUGCAUCCACACGAGUCAAAACAGCGCUGGUUCCGCCGAUUGGCUCGACACUGUACAAUUUCUUUUAUUUUCUCGACAAGGGUUCUCCAUACCGUCGUCCAGGACCUCUGUCGCCAGUCGAACGCAAGACAUGCAGCAAGGUGUACACUCUUUUGAACUUUGUGAAGCACAGGAUGGGAACACUUGGUCGGAAAGUAAAUGACGAGGAGAUCAAUGAGUUGAUAGAAUCGUGGGCACAGGAAGACAAGGGAGAGGUUGAGAUGGAAUUGUGGAAGAUGGCAGUGGGAUGUUUGGACCAGGGGCUACAGCUCGAUCUACGCUGCUGA